CUCCCCCUCCCCUCGGCUCCCAACAUGGCGGCGGGUGGUGCAGGCGGCGGCUGCCCCCCGGGCCCGCCGCCGCCGCUGCUGCUGCUGCUGCUGGGGCUGGUGGCGGCGGCCGGGCUGGGCGGGGAGGCGGCGCGGCUGUACCGGCCCGGGGAGGACCCGCUGACCGUGCUGGAGGCGGGCACCGUGCGCCGGGCGCUGCUCAACUCCUCGGCCGCCUGGGUGCUGCAGUUCUACAGCUCGUCGUGCGGCCACUGCAUCGGCUUCGCCCCGACCUGGCGGGCCCUGGCCGGGGACGUGAGAGACUGGGAACCUGCCAUCAGGAUUGGUGUGCUGGAUUGCGGGGAGGAAGAGAACUAUGAGACCUGUAAAGAAUAUGGUAUUCUCUACUAUCCAACUUUUAGGUACUUCAAAGCAUUUACAAAGCAGUUCACAACUGGGGAAAAUUACAAAGCAGGGUCAGAUCGCGAGCUCCAAACUGUUCGUCAGAUGAUGAUUGAUUUUCUACAGAACCAUUCUCAAGAAUCAAGACCACCUGCUUGCCCUCCCUUAGAUCCAGUUCCGUCCAGUGAGAUUGCUUCUCUUUUUGACAAGACUAGCCAUCAUUAUACUGCCAUUGUGGUUGAAAGUAGUAACUCCUAUGUUGGGCGAGAGGUGAUUUUAGACUUGAUUCAGUAUGAAAACAUUAUGGUAAAGAGAGUGCUGAAUUCUGAUAAGGCUUUUCUAGAGAAACUUGGUAUUACCUCAAUCCCUUCAUGUUAUCUGAUCUAUCCAAAUGGGUCCCAUGGAUUAAUUAACAUUUUGAAGCCUCUUCGGUCUUUCUUUUCUUCCUAUUUAAAAUCACUGCCUGGUGUGAGAAGAAAACUUGUUUCACAACUUCCUCUACCAAAAAAGCAAAAUAAACAGGAGGGCACAGAAAUCAAGGCAUGGAAGGAAUUUGAUAAAGCUAAGCUGUACAUGGCUGACCUUGAAUCAGGAUUGCAUUACCUACUCAGGGUAGAGCUUGCCACUCACAAGACGCUUGAGGGAGCUGAGCUAAAGACGUUCAAGGAUUUUGUUACAGUCAUUUCCAAGUUAUUUCCUGGCCGUCAGCCCGUGGUGAAGUUGUUAGAGACCUUGCAAGAGUGGCUGGUGAGCCUUCCAUUAGACAAAAUCCCUUAUGAUGCUAUCCUAGAUCUGGUCAACAACAAAAUGCGGAUUUCUGGAAUAUUUCUCACUAAUCACAUUCAGUGGGUCGGCUGUCAGGGGAGCAAACCAGAGCUGAGAGGUUAUACGUGUUCGCUCUGGAAGCUGUUCCACACCUUAACUGUUCAAGCUGCAGUUCGACCAAAAGCCUUAAUCAACACAGGUUUUGAAGAUAAUCCCCAAGUGGUCCUACAGAUCAUGCGGCGGUAUAUUCAGCACUUUUUUGGGUGCAAGGCUUGUGCACAGCAUUUUGAAGAGAUGGCGAAAGAAUCCAUGGAGUCUGUGAAAACCCUAGACAAAGCUGUUCUCUGGCUGUGGGAGAAGCACAAUGUAGUGAAUGACAGGCUUGCCGGUGAUCCAAGUGAAGACCCAAAAUUUCCUAAAGUUCAGUGGCCAACUCCAGAUCUCUGUCCUGAGUGCCAUGAUGAAAUUAAAGGGUUACACAGUUGGAAUGAGGCCCAAGUGCUACAGUUUUUGAAGCAUCACUAUCACCAUGAAAAUAUUCUAUAUAAAUACGCAGAAGGCCAGGUUAACGCUAAUGAAAUAGAACUUGGGGAUGUGAGAGAGAGAAAAGACAAAAAUUUACCCAAGAAAAUGAGUGGAGACAAAGAGGACAAGAUCCUGGAUCAACAAAAUAUGUUGGAUUCAAAAUCUAAGGUCUUAGAUAAAUUAAUAACAAAUAACGGACCUGUCAAAGAUAGAGGUAAAAAUGCAAUCGAAUCAGUUAUCCAUAAAGAGACCAAGCCGUCUGUGUCUUUCUUAGGGAUUGGAUUUUCUAACAUAGACAUGAGUCUAUGUGUUGUACUUUAUGUAGCAUCGUCCUUAUUUUUAAUGAUAAUGUACUUUUUUUUCCGAAUGAGGUCGAAACGGUGGAAGGUGAGGUAUUAUCGUCCAGCUGUGUAGAACUUAUCAGAAAUGAUAUUUUCAUUGUAAGUGGCUGAUCAGUACCAGAUGCAGCUUUAAUAUUUAUGAUCAGGGAUUUUAUACACAGUAUUGUUUCAAAAGCCCUCCUCCCCAGCUCCCAACUCAUUUCACCAGUGUUCUCACUUAGUGCUGUAAGAGCUUGCUCUAGGAAUCCCAAUAUAUGUCUAGUAUCCAGGUCCAUAGCACUAACUUAAAGUGUUUACUAAAGGAGAAACUUUGAACUUUUCCAUUAACAUAUCAUUACUUACUGUUUCCGUCCUUUAUUGGUCUCUAAUGUGAAGAAUUGCACUGUGUAAUUAGUUACUCCAAGUUUUGGAAAGAAACUGAAUACUACUGUGUGUGUUCUGAAACAGCCUUUUAAUUUUAUCCUGAGUUGACUAAAUAAUCUACCUGUCCACCCACUGCACGUUGUGUGAGAUCUUGUUGUUGCCUUUGCAGAAGAAAGAAUUUUGAUUUUUUUCAGAGAAAGAAAAAGUAUUUUAAUUGAAUAAACUUUACAAAUGUAUUACGUUUUUAAAAAAAUGAAUAUUUUUUCUCCAUUACAUUUUUGUAGUUGGAAGCCAUAAGUGUCCAAAUACAGUUUCUCCCUCACCCCUUAGUUCCAACUAAGGGAAUAUGCACUUCCAGGAGGCUCAGCAAUUCAGGGUAUUUGGAUGAUCUGAAUAGUAUACAAGAGGCCUGAUUCUGAUCUUGUGUAUGGCAAUGUCCGUUCAAAAGGAACCCUGUUGACUUCAGUGGAGUUACACCAUUGUAAGUGAGAGCAGAACCAGGCCCAAUCUUUCUGCCUGCCCCUCUGUUCCAAGUUUAAGCAUAGCAUUAAAUAAUCCACUCUUUAUUUGCUAAUUUAUUAAGUAGGGAAGUAACUAAGGAAUAGUUAGAGGAAAUACCGUACUGCUGAAUGACACUAUUGGAAGCCACUUCUCAUGAGCUCUAAGAAAGUGAAACUCCAUGCCAGGUCAAAUAGACUGAAAGUCCUGAGUGGUUUCGGUGGGCCAAUACAAAUUGCAGUUCUGAUUACAGUGAAUUUUUUACAACAUUGUGACACAUACAAAAAAACUUCAGUAUAAAGGGUUCCACAAUGUAAGAAUUUCAUUUCGAAAUCUCCCAUCCUGAGCCUGCGAGGUGGUGAGGAAUCUCUGCUCCCAAUUGUAAAGUUUUCUUGUGCUACCAAAAUAUGAGUGAUUCAAGACAAUCUCCUUAUGCAUGUUCCUUCUGCUAGUGCAUUCCACUGUUUGUUUGGAUUAAAAAACAACCUAAAAAUGGCCAUACAGGGUCAGUCCAGUGGUCCCUUCUACUCCAGAAUCUGACAGUGGCCGGUACCAGAUGCUUCAGAAGGAAUGAACAGAACAGGGCAAUUAUCAAGUGAUCAUCCUCUGUCAUCCAGUCCCAGCUUUUGGCAGUCAAAGGUUUAGGGACACCCAGAGCAUGAGUUGCAUCCCUUACUGUCUUGGCUAAUAACCAUUGAUGGACCUAUCCUCCAGGAACUUCUCUACUUUUUUUUUAAUCCAGUUAUACUUUUGGCCUUCACAACAUCCCCUGGCAAUGAGUUGCACAGGUUGACUGCAUUAUGUGAAGAAAUACUUCCUUAUGUUUGUUUUUACACCUGCUGCUUAUUAAUUUCAUUGGCGUGACCCCUGGUUCUAAACAGACAUUUAGCUGCAAUUGUGCUCAUCAUUUCUACUCCAGUAUGGGUUGUGGCAGCUUUUUGGCACAUAGAAAUUGCCAUUCCAGAUGAGACUACUGGUCUAGCUGUCUAGUAUCCUGUCUCUGACAGUGGCUUAUGCCAGAUGCUUCAGGGGAAGGCAUAAGAAGCCAUGAAGUGAACAGAUAACAAAAUUACCAGCCCAAAGUAGAAGUUUCCUGAUUUCAGCUCUCAGUGGAUGGUUUAUGCUGUGGAGCAUGAGGUUUACAAUUCUAUCUAGUGUAACUCUUGGUGUUCUUCUUAUCACUAUAAAUGUCUAAUCUUUUUUUAAACCUGCCAAGCUCUAGUCUCAAUGUUUUCCUUUGGCAUUGAGUUCUGCAGAUCAAUUAUGUUGUGUAAAAAGGUAUUUCCUUAUAUCAGUGUUAAAGGUAACUGUCAAUUUCACUGAAUGUCCCCUUGUUCUUGUAUUAUGAGAGAGGGAAUAAACAGCUCCAGGCUAAUUCAAUCAUUUAUUCCUUCAUUUAAUUUAUUAAUCUGUGUACUUCCGUAAUGUCCCCUUAUUUCCACUGGAAGCCCUAUUAUAAAGUUAAAACUUUGCAGUAAAAAUGAGCUAAAACUUAGCACAUGCGUCUCAACAAGGACGUGAUUUUUUUUAUUAACAUAUAUGUAACAACUGGAAAUUAUAGGGAGUUGUGUGUCAAACUACAGCUUCAUGUAACUAUUUAAAAGAAGGCAAAUGAUUAUUCAGAGAAAGCCAGUGUAAAGGGACCUGAAGUGACUAUUGCAUAUUUACAAUAACCACUUCAAGAAAUGUACUAUGCAUACAUUUGUAUGUGUCUAAAAAUGCCUAAAUCUGCAUUCACACGACAAGAGCUGUGAAGAAACAAUUAACUCAUGUUUUUCUUAAGCUGCCUUAGGGCAAAAUUUUGCCCAUGUGCAAAGCCUGAAUGAAUGGGCUUUGCAUGCAUGACAAACCCCACCUCUAUACCUGGAGCUAGAGGGUGAGCACCCAUGCAGGUGUUCUGUAUUCUGUCGCUACUGCCUGGGCCCCUUGCAGUGUGGUGAGGGAGCGGAGUCUGCUGUAGGGUGACUGUUUUCUGCUUGGGGUGUCUGUGAAGUUGUAGGAAUUUCUCCGGAAAUGGAUGUGAAGAAGCAGCCAUGACAAUUUCACAUCAGUCUGCAUUUUUCUAGGUAAAUUGAUGUUUUUAAAGGUGUGGCACGAUGGGCCAAAAUGGCUUGCUUCCUCUUUUGUGGGAUUGUUAAGAAUCCCUGUAAGGUCUCAUGGGGCACAUUUUUUAAAUAAUCUGAGAGCUGGUGAAACAAGAGUGGAAGUUAACAAUUAAGCUUCUCAGUCUGAUCAGUGCCAUCGUGCUUUGUUAUUAUAGGGUUUCAAAUAGUGGGGCCCCCAAAGUGGGAGGCUAGUUAGAACAGAGGCCAACAUUUUGGAACUUGGAGGCUUUAAGUCAGGCACCUAACCAAGUGGCCUGAUUUUUUCAGGUGGACUUGACAAAGUGGAGGGAGCUCAGCAUCUCUAAAAAUUGGGCACCUGAUUUGGAAAAUGUUGAUUAGUCUCAGAGGGAUCUUUAAUACUAAAUGUGUGAUACUAAAAGAGCAAGGAAUCUUAUUUUUACCUCUGCUGGAUGUGUAGAAUUGGGAUUGUUAGUUUUGUGUCUCAUUUUGUUUUCAUCUGUAUAUUAAUCGAACCAAUCGAGCCACUUAAAGGAUCAUGGGGAUGAUUUUGCCCUUAGAACAGCUUGUGGGUGGUGCAUUGAAGAAAAUGUUUUGUUCAGUGCAUAAAUACUGUAAGCUUUCACUCUGCCUUUAUGCUGUUUGAAAUAUGGGAAGUGGAACACAUACCCAAACUUACAGGAUGGCUUUUUUUCUCAAAGAAUACAGAUAGAUGUAAACAGAAUUUGGAUUAUCCAAUCUUGGUGUUACGGCUAAGUGCUGCCAUGUAAUUGGUACAUGGCUUUCAUUUUCAUUGGUAACAACGCCCACCUCACUUGGAAAAGCUACCCUGAACUUUGGGUUUAGUUAUGUAAAUCUCAGUUUAUGUGCUGUUGUUGUGUAGGUUUAAACUGAUCUGAGUUAUUUCCUUUUGUGCGUGAUGACUGUCUUGAUGGAUUUCCACAUUCAGUGCUAUAAUACGAUUUUACUCAUGGUUGACCGCGUCUCCAGAAAGUGUUAAGUGUCCGUCAUGCGAUAACGCAAUGCUGUUUUGACAUGCUGUAUUACAAAUACCCUGUGAUCUGGUUAUUUUCUUUUAUUAAAAUGCCUUUAAAAGCACCUAUUCAAUCCUGGAAUUUUGAUUUGUAUAAUGUGCUAAGUUCCAAAAUUUGCAAGGUGAGAUAAAUCAAUAUGUAUGGAUCAUAUCAAACUUCCAUUUUCAGGAAGGAAUUUUGUCCAUCGUAACGCACUGAAAGGGUUCUGUGCUGUUCAGAGGUUUUCAGUGUGAAAAUAUUAAACUGCAGAAAAAAGCGAAAAUAACAAAUAUAGGACCUACUAGGUCUAAGAGGGGAGGGGAAGUUACAGUGCCAAGAAUGCCAAAAUGAAACUCUUCCCUUGAGUUCUAAUUUUAACUGCAAAUUGUGUGCAUUUCAUGUGACUCCUAUUUAGAACUGGAUAUUAGUAGCGUUUUUACAAAAGGUUCAAAUGUAUUUUAUGUGUCUGAAAAAUGUUGACUACAAGCUGUUGAGACUGAAUAUAACCAUUCAGUAAUUUAAGUGUUUUAUUUAUUUUUAAUUGAAUGACUUGAAUAAAAGAGAAAGUAGUGAACAUGAAAAUGUCAGCGUGAUACCUCUCUAGCAGGGAAAGUGCCCAUUUUGUAUUAAACUGUAAAUUAAUGUGCUCAUUUAAAUAAAUUGCAAACAUUUUAGAAAAAUGCA